UAAAAGCACCUCCCCUCCACCCCCAAACUCCCCCUUCACCUUCGCUCCUAAGGUUUCUCGCCUCGUACCACCUAGCCACCCCAGUCUCCCAGGCGAUCGGAUCAAUGGCGGCCGCGGCAGCAGUGGCACCGGAGAAGAAGCUCACGCUGAGGAGCUCCGACGGCGUGGAGUUUGUGGUGGAGGAGAUGGUGGCGAUGGAGUCACAGGCCAUCAAGCACAUGAUCGAGGAUGACUGCGCCAACAACAUCAUCCCCCUCCCCAAUGUAAUAGCAGAGAUCCUUGCCAUGGUCAUCAAAUACUGCAAGCAGCACGUCGAGAAGCACGGAGCCGAAGCCACAGACUCCACCACCAAGGCCUCCGAGCGGUACCUCAAGACCUUCGACAAGGAUUUCGUCGACGUCGAACAACGCAUCCUCUUCGACCUCAUCUUGGCUGUAAACUACCUGGACAUCAAGGGGUUGCUGGAUCUGACCUGCCAGAAGGCCGCUGACAUGAUAAAGGGGCUGACUCCAGAGGAGAUCCGUAGGACCUUCAACAUCAAGAACGACCUCACCAAAGAGGAAGUGGAUGAACUCUGGAUGAAGAACUAGUGGGCCUUCAAGUGAAGAUCGAGGGGGUAAAGUAAAGAAACAACUAUCUCGUAAUCGAAUGACCAACAAGGAAGGAAACCCGGCUUUGUUAAUGCCUGAGAGUAGCUGUUAAUCGUUUCUGGUUCAAAAAUAUGCUAGUAGUAAGUCGUAAGUACAUUGAUCCGGUUCCAGUCGAUCUAGGAGGUUUACCA